AUGUUCAGCGUUUCAUCCACCCUUGGGCUGGCCGUCUGGCUGGCCUCUAUCAUCGGCACUGAGGCGCAAUGCAGGAACACUGUCAGUGUGUACAACCCAAACAUACGCACUAUGUCCACGAACAGCACCUGGUUCAUCGUCCCCGUGCCAAAGGCAGCAGUUCAGAGUGCCGUCAAAGCAGCUUUCCCACUCCAAGCGCUGACGCUCCUCGACGUCCCAUCCGACCCAACAUUAUUCCCUAACGGCUUCCCGGCUGGUCAACACCCGGUCAUGGUGUCUAUCGGUCUUACCGACGAUAUCCGCAUGUCUGUCUUGCAAAUCGAUGGACCCCUGCUAAACAGCAACAUCUAUGCUACAUACGUCAGCCAGAACGGAAACCCAGCUCCCCUGGCGGCGGGUUUGAACUCUUACAUCGCUGGUCCUGACGGCCCUCUGCCGAACGGAUUGGUACCUGCAGUGGCAUCAACCUUGCUGUUCGCCGGAAACCCUCUCAGACUCGGACAAUUCGCGCCUGAAGCUGCUGCAUAUCAGGAUCAAGGCGCAGGCAACCUCUUCGCACAGGCCAAGUGGGCACUUAUACCCAACCCGAUCUCAGGACCAGGAGUUUAUCCCGAAGCGGCCGACUUCGCCUUCACCACGGCUAGCACUUCUCGAUACACUCAGAAGACAUUCAAGGAGUUGGCCAACCAGCCCAUCAUCCUUCCAUCCGGACAAUGCCAGAGGAACGCAGCCUACUUCACGAACGUGACGGCCAUGCCAGUCUUCCGCAACGGCGAUGUCACUUUGGGACCGGGUGCUGAUGGACUUGGUGUCACGUCAGGCACGUUGAUGCAGGCGAGCCCAGAUAAGAGCGGUGUAUACAGCAAUCAGGAUGGUUUCAGCGCUUGUGCGCAGGUUGUUGGCAAUAACCCUGAGGCUUGCGAUGCGGCCUCAGCUAAUCGUGACCCGAACACGCUGGCUUGA